AUGCAUGGCCUCGAGUACAGGAGCGAACCUUUUAUGGACGGCGUAGCAGGCCUGACGCAGUGUGCGAUCGCGCCGAAUCACACUUUCCUGUAUGACUUCAGCGUGCAAGAUUAUCCUGGCACCUAUUGGUACCAUCCGCACACAGACUUGUCGCACCUCAGCUCCAUUGAUUCGAUGAAAGGCGUGCUCAUUGUCCACCCACCUCUGGGGUCGAACGAGCUGCACCACGAUCUCUACGACGAGGAGAUGGUGCUGUUCUACACUGACUGGUGGCACCAAAGCCAGCACGAGUUGUACAUGGGGCGCCUGGGUGGUCAGCUCGGGCCAGUGACCACUGAUGCCGAUGGGAUACGUGUUGGGACGUUCCCCUACCAGGGCAUGCUCCUGAACGGGCGGGGUGGUGCAGCAGUGGCCCCCCUCGCCAUGCAGCCCGGGAGUCGCUACCGCCUUCGGGUCAUCAAUGGUGGAUGGGUGUUCCCGAUCGAGUUCUCAGUCGACGGCCACGCCCUGCUUGUCAUCCAGACCGAUGGGGCCGACACCGAGCCCCUGGAGGUGGACAGCAUCCAGAUCAGCAACGGCGAGCGCUACGACGUCGUCCUCGUCCGGCGGAGUGAGGCCUGCGCAUCCCGAACGAGCUUCUGGGUCCGCGCCGCGGCCCUCGGCGCGAUGCCGCAGGGGGGCCUCUCGACCGCACUCCACCUGGGCGAGGCGGGGCCGCCGGAGGAGUGCCCUCAUCAGAACCCAAAGACGCUGAACUGCGUGUGGGACCGCAGCCGGCCUCGCAGCGGGUGUUUGCUUUUGACUGCGUUGCGGAGGCAUGCGCGUGCUGGAGAGACCUACGGUUGGGACCAUGGUGCUGCUGGACAGGGGGAUAUCGUGAUGCACACCAUCGAUGCAAGGUUCACCUCACCACCGAACUUCGGCCACUUUGUGAAGCUUGACGGGGCAGACCGGACAGGCGAUGCGUGGACGGCAGAUGAGUUUUUCUCGGGCCAAUGGGUCCAGGGAGCCUUGCCCAAUCUGCCCCCCAUGAUUCAUGGUGAGGACCACCUGACGCCAGCCACGGUCACGCUUACCGCGGUGAGCGGCACGAUCGUGGAGUUGCUACUCAGGAAUGUCGACAAGUACGCACACCCAUGGCACAUGCAUGGCCACAAGUUCGUGGUCAUGGAGCAAGCCGCUGUGGACUUCGCAUCGUGCUCCAUCAUGUAUUGCUUCGAGGGCAUACCCGGGAAUUCCAGGUCCUCUGCCGCGCAUGCGCAGACGGCGGUGCUCAAGGACACAGUGACGAUCCCGGCAGGUGGCUGGUUGCGACUCAGAUUCCAGGCUGACAACCCAGGCUGGUGGAUCUUUCACUGCCACAUCCACAUGCACCUCUCCGACGGCAUGGGCUUGGUCAUCUAUGAGCCUGGGCCCGUCGGGUACGAGUUUCCCGAGCCGCCGUCCGACCUUCUGACUUGCGCCCCGUCGCCGGAGCCCACCACCUGCACGUGUUUCGAAGACAGCGACGCCGUCAUGGGCACGUCGCCACUGUCUUCGUACACUUGCUCGCGAAAGUGGCUCUGCGCUGGCGACUCCAGUCUGUUCCUCGGCUUGCCCAGCACCACGCAGUCACGGUCGCGCGACCUCGCUGCUGGGCGUGCUUGGCGCUAUUCGGUGGCCGUUGUGUGGUUGCUGCUGCUGCUGUUCGGUGGCAUCAUUCAAGGAGAAUAUGGGAUAAGUUGUUCUUCAAGGGUGGUGCAAAACUGGCGAAGCACAAAAGGGCGUCGUUCUAUGAGGACGAACAUGGGGAAGCGAUCCAAGCGAUCGUGGACGUCGAGACAACGCCAGCCGUCUCUUGGAGGGACCUCAGCGUAA